GCCCCGCCAUGAGGAGGGAGAUGAACGGGGUCACCAAGAGCAGGUUUGAGUUUCUGGCAAGAAAACCCAUUCAGCAGAAAAACAUCUGGUGUUGGAGGGAUGUUAAGAAAAGCAAAACCAAGAUGUUCUCAAACAAUGACGAAGCUGUGAUCAACAAAAAACUUCCGAAAGAACUGCUGCUUCGAAUAUUCUCUUUUCUGGAUGUGGUCACUCUGUGUCGUUGUGCUCAGGUUUCCAGGGCAUGGAAUGUUCUGGCCCUGGAUGGCAGUAACUGGCAGCGAAUUGACCUGUUUGAUUUCCAGAGGGAUAUUGAGGGACGAGUAGUGGAGAAUAUUUCUAAAAGAUGUGGGGGUUUCUUGCGAAAGCUAAGCCUGCGUGGGUGUCUAGGAGUGGGAGACAAUGCAUUAAGGAUAUUUGCACAAAACUGCAGAAAUAUUGAAGUAUUGAACCUAAAUGGCUGCACCAAGAUCACAGAUACGACAUGUACCAGCCUUAGUAAGUUCUGCUCUAAACUCAGGCACCUUGACUUGGCUUCCUGCACUUCCAUAACCAACCUGUCUCUAAAAGCACUGAGUGAGGGAUGCCCACUGCUGGAACAGCUGAAUAUCUCCUGGUGUGACCAAGUGACUAAGGAUGGCAUCCAGGCUCUGGUGAGAGGCUGUGGAGGACUCAAAGCCUUGUUUCUGAAGGGCUGCACGCAGCUUGAGGAUGAAGCUCUCAAAUACAUUGGAGCGCACUGUCCUGAACUAGUGACUUUAAACCUGCAAACCUGCUUACAAAUCACAGAUGAUGGUCUCAUAACAAUAUGCAGAGGAUGCCAUAAAUUGCAAUCCUUGUGUGCCUCAGGCUGCUCUAACAUUACAGAUGCCAUCUUGAAUGCACUGGGACAAAACUGUCCGCGGCUUAGAAUAUUAGAAGUUGCAAGGUGUUCGCAGCUAACGGAUGUGGGCUUUACCACUCUGGCUAAGAACUGUCAUGAGCUUGAAAAAAUGGACCUGGAAGAGUGUGUUCAGAUAACAGACAGUACGUUAAUCCAGCUUUCCAUAUACUGUCCACGGCUUCAAGUGUUGAGUUUGUCGCACUGCGAGUUGAUCACAGAUGAUGGGAUUCGUCACUUGGGGAAUGGUGCCUGCGCACAUGACCGACUGGAAGUGAUCGAGCUGGACAACUGCCCUUUGAUCACAGAUGCCUCCUUGGAACACUUGAAGAGCUGCCAUAGCCUGGAGAGGAUAGAACUUUAUGACUGUCAACAGAUCACACGGGCAGGAAUCAAGAGACUCAGGACCCAUUUACCCAAUAUUAAAGUCCAUGCCUACUUCGCUCCUGUGACUCCACCUCCAUCAGUAGGGGGCAGCAGACAGCGCUUCUGCAGAUGUUGCAUCAUCCUAUGACAUUGGAAUUGGUCAUCCUUGCAAACUGAGUAUUUAAUUACACUUCUAGAAUUACAGUGGACACCUGUAUCUUCAACGAAAGUGAUCCCAGUGUCAUUUGCAAGGGCCAGUGAAAAGGGCUGUGGCACCGGGCCCCUGUAGCCACCCAUACACACGCAUAUACACACGCACCACCUGUUCCAGCAACUGAUGAACUCUGUGACAUGGGAGCUGGAUCUGUGUUGUCUUUUGCUGUAGGUGGAUUGAUAUAAUUCUGAACCAUUCCUACUGGGCAUGCUCAGAAGAAACUACUGGGGAGGGGGUUGUGCAAACCCAAAACGACUGCUGCUGGUUUUUGGUUUUUUGUUUUUGUUUUUUAAUGUUGGAACAGCACCAAAAUCCUUCGACGUUGGGGGAGGGAGAGAAACGAACAUGCUUUAUUCUUGCAUCCACUGUCCAAAAAAAAAAAAGAGAUUUUGUUUUCCGUUCUUCAGUAAGGGAAUGAAAACAGCAGCCAUUGUGAGACAUGAUUUACUGUGCUUCGGUACUUCCUUGUUUCCAUGCUAACACACUGAGCAUGCUCACAUUGAAGGUUCAUCAGUUUCUUCUGUGUUUUGUAGCAUUCAGCUCAGAGGCUUCCUAGAUUGUUGUGAUGACAUAGCUUGAAAUCUGUAAUGUCGGGCUCCAUUUUUUACCCCGCCCACCGCUCAUUGUUUUUUACAGAUUUCUAAUUUAGUAAUUUUUGAGAUUAUUGAACAUAAGUUAUUUAUCAAUAAAAAUAAGACACUUUUUACCAUUAGAAGGCUGCGCCUGAAACUGCCUGUCUGAUGGGAAGAUCUUAAAUAGAAAGAGAGAGUGGAGCGCAGGCUAGGCUAAUCUCAUGGGCUUAUUUGCCCAUUUUUACCAAUAUUUGGGUCUCACCUCUUUUCCAUUUCAAGUUUUACCCUAGCAAAGAGAACAUAGCUCACAAUAUAGGGGACACAGCUACAUUCUACAGUCCAACUAAUAUUGAUUCCCUGGCUCCUGCCAAAAAAAAAAAAAAAUCAGAAUUGCGUUACUCUUGUCGCCCUCAUCAAGGAAUGACUCAUUGAAGCAGAAGGGACAGAAGACCUGAAAAUCUAUCACUGAUUAUUGCCACAUUGUCGUGUAUUGCGUUUGUGAACUCUCAGCAACUUUGCUGACGUUUGCAUGUUCCACAGGUAAGUGUCUUGUCCUGGAGAAGCAUCCAUUUGAGUGAAAUGGGAGCCACAAGGAUAUACCAUGCUUCCAGUUCCUCCCAACUUUCAAAAAGGGUAUGUUCUGGCACAUUGACAUGGUUGAUGUAUAUAGCAGCUGCGUUUUGAGUGAUUCAGGCAAGCUUAACCCUGCUGCUGCAAGGGAAUGUAGAGAACCUGUGACAGCCUCCAUGUAAUCAUUGAUUCCUUGAUACCAGGAGUCCAGAAUGCCCAGCACGAAAGAUGCUAACAGAUGCGCUGGCAUUGCGGGCUUAAUGGGGCUGAAUUUGGCCAGACUAUAGCAGGUUCCUGGAAGGAGCGAUCAGGUGUGAGGAAUUGCUCUUUUCCUGCUGUCAGCACUCUGGGAUAGAAGAGAGAGCACAUGUUAUGUGAAUUGUUCCCAACUGACUGAGACACAGAGGAAUGAGCAUGCUUAAUCAUCGUAAUGGUCAGAGACUGAGGAAGCGGCACUCCACCUUUUAUGGAGAAGAAUUACAGGAGAUGGGGAAGAAGAGAUGGUUUUCUAAAGUACCAGUAAUAGAUUUCAGAGCUCUGAGGGUUUGGUUUUUUUCCCUGCACAUUUAUGUGGAGGGCAGUGUGUUACCUUCCCCGGGCUGUCAUCACCACCUGAGUAAUUCAGGCAGUUAAAAGGGUCAUUUUUAAGCACUGUAUAAGCUAUAUUCCUUCAUCUACAAUUCAUUUCACCAAUCCAUCAGUAUGUGUUUGUGAAUCUGCGAGAUCUUGUGAAUCUGCUGGAAAGGCAUGUAGAAGAAACCCAGUAUGCACUGUUUAAAAGGAUACUGACAGCUGUUUUCCCCCCACAGAUUUUAAUUUUUAUAUCUGUUAUAUUCAUUAAGUCCUCUUUAGAAGCUGAGAUAAUCUUUCCCCUCAACAGCAGAGCUCAAAUUCCAUUUGCAAAACUUGCUACUUUCCCUUGAUUUCAAUGUGUCAGAAGGAGUCUGGCUAGGGGUUUACAAUGUUGCAACUUAUUGACCUCCCCAGCAAGUCAGAUGUACCUCAAUUUGGGCACCAGAAGUGGUCAGUGUUAGCACAGCUCUGGGAGUGAUCUUUUAGUUAAUUUCUGGUGGGGCAGGAGAAGAAAAAACAGUGGUUUUAUAAGUCCAACCACAGAGGGGCUGUUUAAUUUCUUGGCAAUGGAUUGCUGGG